CACACUCUUAUCCUAACUUGGGGUUUGAAUCUAGAAUUUAAUUAAGAUAUGACACACUUAAUCAAAUAUCUAGAACCUAAAACUCACACUUAAGAUAACCACUCUUAAGAUAUAGAUUUAGGAAUUUAAAUAGCAAACACAACAAGUGUAUUACUAAAUGGAAAAUGGAAUUACAAUGUGAGUCUCACAAAAGGGCCUAAGGCCGAAAUAAAUACACACACAUAGGGGGGAAACUUCCCUGAAACAUCCACUCACAAAUCACAAGAAUAAUAUCCAUUUGUUUAUGUUUUCUUAAUGGAAUGAAAUCAGGGAUUUGGUCUUUGAUUUUCAUGGCUGGUGGCUUGUCCUUUAGUGAGGAAAAUCACAAGGAAAUAAGUGAUGAUUCUUGGGAAAUAAUGGGGGACAAAGGGGUUGGUUUUAUUGGCCUUAUAUUGGGUCAUUCAUGGAAGGUAUGUGGGGACUGAUUUGGUGGGUGGAGUGUCAAUAAACUCACAAAAGUNGGUGUUGUGUUGGGAUUGUGAGGUUUAUUUGGGCAGGGAAUGAAAGGAAGGAAGAGAGGGUUUUACUGGUUUAUUAAAAGGCUUAAAAGAAGGAAAAUAACAACAAACAAAAAGGUUUUGGUUUAUACACUCUUAUUUUCGGCCAUGGCUAAAAUAAGAGUAGGAAAAACUUUAUUUUGAAAAGGAAAUAUUUUGGAUGUUUUGGGAUGGUUUGGACUGAAAUGGGAGUAGACCACAGAACCCUCGGAUCAAACGGAGGAAGUAGGGGCUGGAGGUGGGUCAUGGUUUUGGCUCUUUGUCGGUGUUGUGUUGGGAUUGUGAGGUUUAUUUGGGCAGGGAAUGAAAGGAAGGAAGAGAGGGUUUUACUGGUUUAUUAAAAGGCUUAAAAGAAGGAAAAUAACAACAAACAAAAAGGUUUUGGUUUAUACACUCUUAUUUUCGGCCAUGGCUAAAAUAAGAGUAGGAAAAACUUUAUUUUGAAAAGGAAAUAUUUUGGAUGUUUUGGGAUGGUUUGGACUGAAAUGGGAGUAGACCACAGAACCCUCGGGUCAAACGGAGGUUGUUUUGGCCUUUCGGGUUUAAGGACCAUUUGAAUUCAACUAAAAUGGAUCAUAAUAUUUGAAUAUAAGUCCUUUGGUUCUUAUGAUAGUCUGUUUGAUUGCUCGAAAUCUCUUGAAUGGUCAGAGGACAUGUUUGGAAGUUUUCCAGUACAUGAAUAGGACUAAGAAUAAGCUAUCUACUCGAGCAGGUGAUGGAGUAGACUGCAUGCUUGAAAGUGGUUCCAAGAGUGAUGAAAUUGUGGGUAGUGAAGCACGUAGAAGAUCAAGAUUCUUGCGCAGGAGAGGUAGAGUCCGUCGCUUAAAAUACACGUGGAAAUCAGCAGGAUACCAUGCAAUAAGGAAGCGGAUAUCUGAGAAGAAGGAUGAACCUUGUCGUCAAUAUAAUCCUUGCGGUUGUCAAUCUCCAUGUGGAAAGGAGUGUCCUUGUAUUGUAAAUGGAACCUGCUGUGAAAAAUAUUGUGGAUGCACGAAGACUUGCAAGAAUCGUUUCAGAGGAUGUCACUGUGCUAAGAGUCAGUGUCGAAGCCGUCAAUGCCCAUGUUUUGCUGCUGGCAGGGAAUGUGAUCCCGAUGUUUGCCGCAAUUGCUGGAUUGGCUGUGGUGAUGGGUCACUUGGGAUUCCUUUACAAAGAGGUGAUAACUACGAAUGCCGCAAUAUGAAGCUACUCCUCAAACAACAGCAAAGAAUUCUUCUUGGAAGAUCUGAUGUAUCUGGAUGGGGAGCUUUCAUAAAGAAUAGUGUUAGCAAGCAUGAAUACCUUGGGGAGUACACUGGGGAAUUAAUCUCCCACCGUGAAGCUGAUAAGCGUGGAAAGAUCUAUGAUCGUGAAAACUCUUCGUUCCUCUUCAAUCUAAACAAUCAGUUUGUGCUUGAUGCUUUUCGAAAGGGCGACAAGUUGAAGUUUGCCAACCAUUCCCCAAAUCCAAAUUGUUAUGCCAAGGUCCUCAUGGUGGCCGGAGACCACAGGGUUGGAAUAUUUGCGAACGAAAGAAUCUGCGCAGGAGAAGAACUGUUCUACGACUACCGAUAUGACCCAGAUAGAGCCCCGGCUUGGGCAAAGAAACCGGAGGCGGGGUCCACUUCGAAGAGAGACGAUGCCCCAACACCUUCCCAUGGCCGUGCUAGGAAACACACCUAACUCACAAAACUCACAACCAUUCAAUUCAUUGGUUAAAAUGAUUGGUUUGUCAUUCUCCCAUUAGUUUUUUUUUUUUUUGUCAAAGCCACUCAGCGGGAUCGUAGGCUCAGGUCUCUCAGAGUUUUUUUUUUUUAAAUCCAUUUUGGUGGUAAUGUAAUUUAAUUAGAGCUUGCAGAGGAUUUUUGUAUUACAUUCAUUGACCACUUCCAGAAUGGAAAGCUCACUUCUUUUUAUAGAAAAAAGUGCUUUUUAAGGCUAUGUGUGGUAAGGAGAAAGACAAUUGAGAGGAAAGAAUGAAAAGGAAAGAAGUUU